CAGGCACGGGGAGCGGACACGAGUCGUUCCUUGGCGUCCUCAGUCACCUAGCCUCGCCUCACCUAGCCUCACCUCGUUUCGCCUCAAAGACAGGACAAUUACUGGAGUGAAGGGAACUGAAUAAAUACGAACAAUAAAGAAAAAUGUGUUAAGGAUCGUGAAGCUGGCAACACUGGGCUACUGUAAACACCACCUCCCAGAUGACCACCCUCGGGGAGUCUCCUCAGGAAGCGCCAGCCAUUUAAACUCUCCCCCCAAAACAGGGUGACGGGUGUACCUCUGCCAGCCUCGGGGCGGAGGUGACAGUAAAGCGUCACCGUUACCUGUGUUGGUCGGACACGUGACGAGGUAAGCAGCCUAGAGGAACCUGCACCCUGUCUCCUGAAGGUCUACUGCAGGACCCCGUGAGUAUUAACUAUCCUGAAAGACACAAGAAGCUUCAUAACCGGAGGUCCCACGGAAGCCUACCCACCACAGGAACCCGGACCUUGCCUCCUGUAGCACCCCUGGAGAAUACAUCCUACAGGUCGUGGCCAUCCUAACCCCAGCAGGAUGAGGAGGCACCGGCCUGGCCUACUCACCUGCCUCAUCCUAGCGUCAGCAAUGGUGUGCGAGGGACUGCGGCUGCGGGAGUCGGUGAUCCCGCCCUACAAGCUGCGGGGGGACACGGUGGAGCUGCGGUGUGACUACGAGGCGGGCAACUCCUCCAUCUACUCCGUCAAGUGGUUCAAGGACGACGAGGAGUUCUUCAGAUACGUCCCCCGAGACUCCCCGCCCUACCACAUCUUCCCCCGCGUCGGUGUGACUGUUGACGAGGCAGCGUCACAGCCUGGUCGGGUGGUACUGCGGGCUGUGGGCUUCAACACGUCUGGUCAGUACCGGUGUGAAGUGUCAGCUGAAGGACCUAAGUUUAACACUGUGACGGGCCGCGGCAACCUCUUAGUCAUUGAGCCACCAACCUCCGGGCCGGUCAUCACAGGUGGACGCAACAGGUACCACGUUAACGAUACAGUCAACCUCCUGUGUACCUCCAGCCCAUCCCGACCUGCAACACAUCUCUCCUGGAGGAUAAACGGCAGACAGGCACCACAAGAUAUAGUCACCAGAGAACGCCCUUACAUGGUUCAGGAUGGUCUACUGACGCAGAUCUCCCGACUUACGUUCGUAGCGAGGCCGUUCCACUUCCAGCGAGGCGUACUGAGGGUUAAAUGUGUGGCGGAGAUCAGUGGUAAUCGGCUGGCCCACCACACUACCAUACUUGACAACUUCAGAGCCUGGGAGAGAUCUUUCCAGGCCAGCGGAGAGAGUCUUGGGGUGGCACCGAGUCUAGCACUUAUGGCCUCCUGCUUCACGCUCUGUGCCUCCUUCGCCACCUCCUUCAGCGCUUCCUUCUUCUUCGCUACCUCCUUCGCCGCCUCCUUCACGGACUCUAUCGCCACCUCCUUCGUCACUUCCCUCAAGGACUCCUUCAUCACCUCCCUCAAGAACUCCUUCAGUACCUCCUCCUUCAGAGACUCCUACACCACCUCCUUCAGUAGAUGAGAUCAAGCAACACAGAUGAUCGUAAAUAAUGAAGACACUAAAAAUUGUAUUAUCAUUGUAGUUGGACAAAAUCAACCGGACAAAUUGUAAUGUGUAUACGGACAAAAAUCAACCGGACAAAUUGUAAUGUGUCUAUACGGACGUAAUCGAUCAGACAAAUUGUGGUGAAUCUCUAUGCGGACAAAUUGUAAUGUGACUGUAUACGGACAAAACCAACCGGACAAAUUGUAAGUUGUCUCUAUACGGACAAAAUCAACCGGACAGAUCAACUCAAGCAUUGUAAUAACAAAUAAAUAAAUAAAAUUAUAUCUAAGUGGACAAAAUAAAAAUAACUGGACUAAUUGACAUAACAGAAUCUUUAACCGGACAAAAUCAUUAAUUGGACAAAAUCUAUAACCAGGCAUAAUCUUUAACAGAACUAAAUAUUUAACUAGACAGAAUCUUUAACCGGACAUAAUCUUUAACAGGACAGAAUCUAUAACCGGGCAAAAUAUUAAACCGGACAAAAUCAUCAACUGGACAAACUUUUUAACAAGAUAGAAUUUACUUGACAGAUUACCUCCCAAUAACUGUUUGUAGACUGUGAGGUAACGAUGACUGGUAACUGGGACCUAACUGGUAACAAUAGGAGUACCCCAAGACUGUCCCAGUUAAUCUACAGAGAUAAUGACAGUCACUAGUUAGUCUACAGUGAUGAUAACAGUCACCAGUCGGUCUACAGUGAUGAGGAGCAGUCACCAGUCAGUCUACAGUGAUGAAGACAGUCACCAGUCAGUCUACAGUGAUGAUAACAGUCACCAGUCAGUCUACAGUGAUGAUAACAGUCACCAGUCAGUCUAAAUGAUGAUAACAGUCACCAGUCAGUAUACUGUACAUUGAUGAAACAGUUACCAGUCAGUCUACAGUGAUGAUAACAGUCACCAGUCAGUCUACAGUGAUGAUAACAGUCGCCAGUCAGUCUAAAUGAUGAUAACAGUCACCAGUCAGUAUACUGUACAUUGAUGAAACAGUUACCAGUCAGUCUACAGUGAUGAUAACAGUCACCAGUCAGUCUACAGUGAUGAAGACAGUCACCAGUCAGUCUACAAUGAUGAUAACAGUCACCAGUCAGUCUACUGUACAUUGAUGAUAACAGUUACCAGUCAGUCUACAGUGAU